CCAACCGGACGACAAAAUAUGGAUUUCUGCACGAUCUGUCAUCCAUCCAACUGUUUAUUUACCUAUUUGCUCCAAUAAUCGAGCAGCUGCAAGCGUCUGAUUUUGAAACGUUGAAACUGGAAGCUGGUCUGGCCAUCUGGGUACCUCUGAUGGCAUUUCGACAACCACCUAGGGGGACACUACCAACCCCAGUCAAACUGUUUGACCUUGAUCAUGGAAUAUUUGGUCGUGCUCUACCCACGCUUGACAGACCUCGUCAAGUAGGAGAAUAUAUUGAAGAGGUGGCUGAAGUGAAAACCACAGAGAAAAUUGUUGGUGGGAUCUACGUUGGGGAAGGAAAAAAACCCAAACAUGUGGGAACUUCAUUGAAGGAACAAGCUAAAGCAAUUGACAUCGGUGCCAUCUUACUCCAUUUUGAUCGAACUGUGCCAAAUAUCCAUACGUCUUCUGCGCGGAGGGGAUUAAUUUUAUUUAAAAAAAAUCGUUCAGCUUUAACACCCUUCCGGUGCCUAGCUUCCAUGCUACCUGAAGGAAGCCCGAGGGCUGGUAUACUGUCAGGUUGCCCAAGCCUAGACAGGGGAAGUCGAGAGGCAGAGGUCGGGUUCGAACCGAGGACCUUUCGGUCACUAACUUCGCGCUCUAACCACAGAGAGAAGUCCACAGAUGUUGAUGAAGUCGAGCCGGUAUCAACAGAGUCAGUGAAGCAGAAAAAAACAGUGAUUCCACCAAUCAUUCUGACGCAAAUCUAUCCAACAGGCAAAGCAGCACCACCAAAAGCGUUGGCUGAAUGCAUGGAUGACGAUGAUGAUAGUGGAACGCAUGAGCCCGGACAAUCAACUCCGUCGCAAACGAGCUCACAUCAGUCGGAUCAUUUGCCUCCGGGGUAUUCGCGUAUUGAGUGGAUGUUGUCGCAUGAAACGGAGAAUGUUUUACAUUCCCUAAGUGUGCCGGAGAGUGAAGAAAAUACGUAUCAUUCUUACGGAUCGACGUGCCUAUUAGCCACACACUGUGAUGUGGCCGUUAUCCGUUGUCUAUUCUGUGCCGAGUGGUGUGAAUCUGGAGUGUACUGGUCGCUCCACUACCUUUUCAAACGUCUGUUGCAAAUUCGUUCUGCACGUCAAAGAAUGGAACAAGAAACACGCAAAAUACUGCGGUUAAUCAGAGAUAACGCCACUUGGAGGCAAUACGGAGACAUCUACGGAGGUAUGCGGUCAACAUCAGAGGCAUUGUUGCUCGGCAUGCGGAGUCUGUCCAUGCCAGAUUUAUCGGUAUUGUGCACUUUCCCAACUCAUUCUUCCCCAUCAAAGCAGAGCGAUAGUGGACAGGACAGACGGAGCAGAGACCAUGCUGACAGUAAUCAACGAGAACUGAAAGCCACAGCUAAAGACAUUAUACUGGAUUCAGAAAGUGGUACAGUCGACCGACAGACUUUUCAAAGUAAGCACUUAAAAACACGCCCGUUUGGGGAGUCAACUGAAUCGGGACACGAUAAAAAAACGGGAAACCGUCCUGAGCGAACUAAUAUUCCCGGCGACCUCAAGAAUAUACCCGACGAAUUCGGAGUAAAAGUUCCAGCAACUCUUGUGAGUGAUGCAAGCUUAUCCUUGGCCUUACCAUUGGUUGGAUCGGGAGGAUCUCGCUUAGCACUUGGGUUGUCUUCUGGGCACCAGACCUCCUGGAAAAAUUCAAAACGUUCACGAAUUGCUGAUAUUAAGAAACACCAAGUGAACGGUUACAGACUAUUAGAAAAGGGAGCAAAACUCUCAUCUUGUUUACAAAAACGGAAUAUCCAUCUUGUCCUCGAACGCAUCUUCCUGAACUUUCCUGGAUAUU